CUGUUCUAUUCAUUACAUGGCAAUCACUUCAUUCACCACUGCUGUGCUCCCACCCUUGAGCCUGAGGGGGGAGGGGGAGGAUUAGUUUGAAAAACUGAUCAAGAACAGAAAUGUUUAGGAAGGGUCAUGAAGAACAUUGCCAGUGACACUACAGAGAAAGGGUUACACAGGGCAGAAAUCAAGCCAACAAAAGCAUUUAGUCAGGAUGUGUAACUUGAAAUUGACUCCUUUUGGGAAUUGCCAUAGAACCUUUAAUGGACUUCAUCGGCUGAACCUAGGAUCUGGUGAAUCCCACAAAAAUCAGAGCAUGCUACAGAACAGAUGCCCUCAUCACCAAGGACUUGUUACUGUUCUGUGCACUUCAUAUAUUUUAUCACGUUUAGUCCUUCCAUUGGUUCUUUGAGUUUUCUGGAUAUGCCACAAAAGGAUCCAUGCCAGAAACAAGCCUGUGAAAUACAAAAAUGUUUACAAGCCAACAACUAUUUGGAAUCGAAGUGUCAGGCCGUCAUCCAAGAACUUCGUAAGUGUUGUGCUCGAUAUCCCAAAGGAAGAUCUCUUGUCUGCUCAGGAUUUGAGAAAGAAGAGGAAGAAAACUUGGCAAUGAAGCCUGGAUCCAAGUAAAGUUGUACUGAAAUGUUAAAUUCUGCUUCAUGUUUUCCUCAAGCAUGUUUUAUUUACUGUCCCUCCUUCAAGCUAGGUAGCAGCAAAUGGCAAAUUAAAAAGUCAAUUUUAAGAGUUAGCAAAUAUGUUAUCUAUGCAAAAUAGACCAAAAUAUCAACCUAUAUAGAGAAUAAAUAUGUAUAAUGUAAAAGGGAGCUGCUAAAAUAAACC